AUGCAUACCGUUAGAGCAGACUACCAAGUCGUUAAUACCGAUCCCGAUUCACUAUUACCAAGUCGAUAUCGUUUUGUGAAUAAAAACGGACGUAUCAAUGUCACUUACACAUCCAUUGCACGUUUGAAGCAUAUACAUUCGAAUUUCAUUGUCUUCAUUAUGCAAGCCGAAUGGUGGGUUGUGGUGAUCUUCCUAUUGUUUGGUUUAGCAUUUAGUUGGUUCUUCUUUGCAUUUCUUUACUUUCUCGUCUCAAUUGAACAUGGCGAUUUCGAUCUGACUGAAGACGAUGAAAACUACUGGGAGAAUCAAACGAACUUUACUUUCAAAGAAACAACUACAUCGAAAGAAAUGUGCGUACAGAAUGUUCAUAAUUUUCUAAGUGCUCUGCUGUUUUCGAUUGAAACGCAACACACGAUUGGGUAUGGGUCAAGAUAUAUAACCACUGAAUGCAUGGGCGGAAUCCUCAUUCUUACACUACAAUGUUCAUUAGGGUAUAUAUUGCAAGUCAUUGUCACGCAGAUCGUCUUUACGAAAAUUUCGCGACCGACGGAAAAAUCUCGUUUUGUCGUCUUCAGUGAAAAUGCACUAAUACUUCCACGGGAUGGACAGCUGACAUUGACAUUCCGAAUAGGAAAUCUAUCCGUUUCGCAAUUGAUCUUCGCCAGUGUUCGAUUAUUAAUGAUUCGUGAACGGCGAACCACCGAAGGUGAAAUAAUUCCUCAUCAAAUUCAUGACAUGCAAUUGACACAUCUUCGCAAUGGUCAACUAUUCUUUCCACGACCCUUCGUAGUCGAACACGUCAUCAAUCAUCAUAGUCCACUGUACAAAAUUCAACGUUCGACAUUAGUCCAAGAACAUUUCGAAAUCAUCGCUAUAAUAGAAGGUAUUUUUGAUUACACGGGAUUUUCGUGCCAUUUUCGCACGUCGUACCUACCGAAUGAACUUCUCUGGGGUUAUGAAUUUUCUUCGUGUGAUUCGACACUUGAAGGUUUCGAUUAUAGACGGUUCAAUCGGAUUAAACUAAUCUAUGCUAAACCUAAUUGGAACUAUGGAGGAGAAGAAGAAGAAGAAGCGUAUGACACGGCAACGCCUAAUUCACCGGCUAGUGCACCUGUUCAUUCUCCUAAUCGCAUAUUUUCCUCGAAUAUUCAACCGAAUCCAUUAACAACCGCUGAUAACUCGAUUAUUGUCGAAGACAAACUGGAAAGAACAACUUCAUUGUAA